AUGAUCGAGAAAGCAGCUGGCGCCAAAUUUUCCGAUUUCCCUGCUAAAGACACAGUGGAGAUGUAUGGAGAAUCAUGGAUACUCAUUUCAUUUGCUGAGUUCAAAGAGUCAGGACAUUAUAUGGCUUGGAUGAAAACUGCGAAAGAGUGGCUGCGUAUAGAUGACGACCAUGUGGAUAUCCGAGUGGACACAAGAGCAAUGAACUUGAAAAACUACGAAGCAAGAACAUUAGUUUUCAAGAAAUUUCCAAAAGUCGCCCCAGUUGAACGUGUAAAAACACCGGAACCGCCGACUGCAAAGAAGCCGAGCAUCUUGACGUCUAUUCAAACCACACUCAACAAAGAAUUGUCAAUAGCCACCAAGAAUAAUAAUUCACCAUUGCCAUCUGAUGAUCUCGUCGAAGAUGAUCUCGUCGAAGAUUAA